AUGAAGAUAUUGUCGUUCAACUCUUUUGUCGGCUGGUGUGCUGCAGUGUGUUUCAACUCUUUGGAACAGAGUACGGCAACUACUGGUGAAGCAUCGAAGGACAUUGAGGAAACCAUUCUCAAUCAUGUUCGAAAGGCACGAGCCAAAAAGAACAAAGAAUUAUCAGUAAAAUUGGCCAAACUGAGACCAGUUCGCUCAGAUCACUCGUCGGGCGACCUUGUCCACAACCUUUCUUCUAAAUCCCUCACCAGCACACAACUUGCAGUCCUGGGACGUGGAGCCACUUUCAACACAGCAGACGCUGCACCCCCAGAGUUCAUUGCCGCUUUUGAAUCUGUUCUUCAGCUAACACAAACGUCAGAAGAGACGAAGGAAUUGAUCCGUCACAAAACCUCCUCUUUGUUAAUGCAACAUAAGAAGAGCGAAACUCUUAGUAAGGAAGAACAGCAAGCAUUAAAAAGCCUAAAAGCGGAUAAAGACAUAAUCAUCCUGCCGGCUGACAAAGGCCGUUCCACAGUAGUGCUUGACAAAUCCGAUUACCAGAAGAAAGCUUUGAGCCUACUCGACGACACACAGUCCUAUAAACUUUGUCCAGCCAGUGAGAUGAAAAAUCUGCUUACUCAAAUAAACAAAAGCCUGGCAAAACUCAGAGCGAAUGGAGCAAUCACAGCUAAAGAUUGGUUUCUUAUGAAACCCUCUGACUCUGCCGCCGCGCGGUUUUAUGGUCUUCCGAAGGUACACAAAGCUAACAUACCUCUUAGACCCAUCGUCUCCCUACGUGGUACUCCUACAUACGGUUUGGCAAAAUGGAUGUUUGCUCGUCUUAAGUUCCUGGCAGAAGGAUCGCCAACAACAGUCGUCUCUGCUAAUCAGUUCCUUGAACGUUUAAAACAUCUGAAACUAGAGCCAGAUGAAUCCAUGGUAUCGUUUGAUGUCGUUUCACUCUUUACCUCCAUUCCACAACAACUAGCGAUUGACGUUGUGAGACAACUCCUGGCUGACCGCUACAACGAGAGAGACAAUCCCCUGAAGACUGAACAUCUCGUGGAGCUCUUACGCUAUUGCCUAAAAACAUAUUUCACCUUUGGUGGACAAAUGUAUGAACAAAUCAAAGNGUCGCGAUGUUGA